AUGUCCGGAUCAAAAGACAAAUUUGCUGGAAUUCAACUACGAGAUUUUGAGACAAAACGCGAUGUUUUGAAGAUAGCCAUUCUUUAUCCCGAUUCGCCCCCACGACUUUAUGAAAUCAAUCAGGUAAAAGAUAAAUCUCGUUGGUUUUGCCGAUUGUCGCCAAACUGGAAAUUCUUACAUUACGGCGACAUCGACGACUCAAUGACACCGAUGUUGGAAACUUUGCCCGAGAAACUUGCAAUUAGUGAUAUACGGGAUAUUGUCAGUGGAAAGAAUUGCCCCCACAUUAAAAACGCCCGCACCCACAAAAGCACAACAGAACUUGCGUUUUCCAUCCUGUACGAUCCAGACGAUGCGUUGAACUUUAUUGCGCCGGAUAAAGAAACAUGGUGUCACUGGACUGAUGGCUUCAACGCGUUACUUGGGAAACCUAUGGUGAGUACAAAAGCUACCACCGACCUCGACAUGCUGCUGACGAUGGAAAUGAAACUCCGUUUGUUGGAUUUGGAAAAUAUUGACAUCCCAGAGCAACCACCCCCCAUGCCACCCCUGCCUAAGAAUUAUAACUUUGCACUGCAAGAUCUGUAGUUUCCAUAUAUUCUGCAGUUUAUUAUUAUUUGCUGCGAUUUAUUUUUACUUAAACAGAAAUAUUGAAUAUAUUAAUUAACAAAAGUCA